CUGGGUACAAGAACCCUUACUUUCAUCAGUUUUUUCAGUUUGUAUUUGUGAUAACAACAAAAUCUAUCAUAAGAAACAUAAUGGAACACAAGACAUUGACCAAAGCCAAGUUCUUGGAAAUUCUCAAGAAGAAAGAAGCUACUGAGGAUGUUCAGCUCGAUAAAGUUGAAUUACACUUUGGUGCAAAAAAAGGGCCAAAACUACUCUGGCCUUGUGGUGGCUUGCCACUUACAAGCCAAGGUCAAAGACCAACCCAAGACUUAUGACUGGAUGGCCAAAGUACCUUUGGAUGAUCCGACCAAGUUUAAUUGGCUUCGAAUAACUCAAAGGGAAGAAAAAGAGUUGGGAUUUUAUCAAGACGUCAUCCCUGCGUUGAAGGACUUCAUCACCCAAAAGGGCUCAGCCAUUCAGCUGAGCUUUUGUCCAUUUGUAUAUGGCGAGUUCAAUAAGGACAUUCCUAAAGAAAAAGUUGUGCAAAGUUCCAUGAUCAUCAUGGAACAUCUUAGUCCCUUGGGUUUCAUGGAGCCCGUCAAUAAGAAAUCUGGCCUUGACCUGGAUCAUGCCAAAUUAGCAAUUAAGUCUCUGGGUGAAUUCCAUGCAGCCUCACAUGCAUUUUACAAUGCCAAAUAUGGUGACUUAGAGAAUAUUUUAGAGAAAGACCACAUCCAAACAAACGACUUUAUCCCCGAAAUAAUUGCUCAUUUUAACGAUAAGCAAACCAAUCGUAUUUAUCAAACACUGACAUAUGUUGGUGUCAAUGGGCACAAAUAUGUUGAAUCUUACAAGCAAUUUGCAAAAGACGUGGUCAAUCCACUAAAGUUACGAGACCAACUUAGCAACCCUAAAGUUUGCGAAUUCAACGUGCUUUGCCAUGGUGAUCCAUGGUUCAACAACAUGUUGUUCAAAUAUGACGGACAAAAGCCUAUCGUUGUUUGUUUGUUGGAUUCCUCCCCAACCAUUGAUUGACCUGUCUUAUUUCCUCUACUUGUCAACCACACCAGGAUUUCGAAAAACUUAUAUGGAUGAGAUCAUGGGCUACUAUCACAAAUGCCUCACCAAAUCUCUCAAGGAAUUGGACGAGGAUCCAAGUGUUUUCAGCCUCAGCGAGUUAAAGGCUGACUACAAGAAAUGCUCCUUCUUCGGAUUCAUGAUGGCAUUAAUCAUUUUGCCCGUGAUUUUGGCGAAGAAAGAAGAUACUAUUGGUUCCAGUGAAGUGCCUGGCGAUAUUACUGAUUCAAAGGCCAUGGAGGAGGUUACUCAAGCUCACAAUGAUCGAACCAAACGUAUAAUGAGCAAUGAGCCACAAAUUGGUCAUCGGAUUUCUCGAGCCUUUUUGGACAUGUUCGAUAAUGGGUACUUUACCAUGUAAGAAUUCAAGUCUUCCACAAUCCAACUUUGCCGUCCUGUUUCAAGUGCCAUUGAAUAAAAAAUUUAUGAGAUAAAUCAAUUUCGAUUUAGAUUAGUUGGGGUACCGUAUUGAUAGAGCAUCCGCUCGCCAAUUUGCAAACCCUGGUUCGAUCCCUGGCCAGCCAAGUCUAAGCUUCUUUGCAGUAUUUAAAUUACAACAUAAGUUGCUGCCUUAAUAGCUUAAAUGGGCGAACUUGCGAUCAUUCCCGAGGGUGAGGUAAUAAUU